ACAUUUUAUUUAAGUCAUGUGAUGGACUUUCAGAGUACAUAUGCCCAGGGAACCAGCACCAGAUUACAAAACUUAACCGGAUCAGCUCUCAGAAGACUCCCCCUUCGUCCCCUCCCAGUCCUAAGGGUGACCACUAUCUUGACUUUGGUGCACUAUAUAUUAGUUUUCUCUGGUUCAGAAUAUCAUACACAUGGAACCAUCUAGUAUGUACUGUUGUAUUUGGCUUCUCUCACUCAAGAUUUCGUCAUGCGACUUGUCUAUGUUGCUGGGUGUAGCGGGCAUAUCGCUCCAGUUGCUGUGUCUAUGUGCAUGGUAAUGAGUAAGGCGUCAUUCAUUUUCCAUUCUGUUGAUGGGUUAUUUCCAGUUUGGGGCUGCUAUGAAAGGACUCUGAACGUUCCCAUGCACCCUCUUGGUGCUCACGCCUCCGCAUUUUUGCUGGGUGUUGACAGCCUAGGGAGUGGAAUUGCUGGAUCACACGGGUGGCAUAUGUUCGGUUUCAUUAGAAAACUGCCAGUUUCCAAAAUGUCUCCACCAAUUUACACUCCCCCAGAAAUACAUGAGAGGUCCAGUCGCUCUAGUUUCUCGCCUCCACAUGGUGUGACGGUCUUUUUCACUUUAGCCAUUCUGGUGGGUGGAGAACUCGUAUUCGCAGCGCCUGGCGCGUAAUUGGCAUUCAGUUAACAGGGCUGUUGAAUGAAUGGAUGAAUGAGUAAGUUGGGCGGUGUAGACCGAGAGCCUGGCGAGGGCGGACACACGCACGCACUCCACACACAGCGUUUCGCGGACAUCCACCGCGGCGCCCCAGCCUAGGACACAGACCCUCUCGCGCACUCCGCGCCCACGUGGUCUGAACGCACGGCCUCGGUCCUGCCGCGCGCGUCCGGUCGCCGAGCCGUUCCCAACUCCGGCACUCGGCGGCGGGCAGGGGGCGCUGCGCGUCCAGGCGCUCCGAGGGGGAGGGCCCGGGUCGGGGCGGGGCCGGCCGGGCUUCCAGGCCUGGGUUCUGGCCGCCCGCGCCACCGGGCCGCUCCGGGGACGGGCCGGGGCGGGGCGCGGCGGCAGGAAACGGGCGGGGACUCGCGGAGGCGUUGGGGACCAGAGAGGGCGCGCCCAACUCCCAGGGGGACGGCAGGCCGAGAGCGCGGCGCCCGGGCCUGGCGCGGAGCCUGAGCCCGCCGGACGCGAGGCGGCCCCGCCGCGGGCUCGGCCCCGGCUCCAGCCCCGCCAGCAUGGCCGGCCGGACCGUACGGGCCGAAACCCGGAGCCGGGCCAAGGAUGACAUCAAGAAGGUGAUGGCGACCAUCGAGAAGGUCCGGAGAUGGGAGAAGCGUUGGGUGACUGUGGGCGACACUUCCCUUCGUAUCUUCAAGUGGGUGCCAGUGGUGGACCCCCAGGAGGAGGAGCGAAGGCGGGCAGGCGGCGGGGCAGAGAGAUCCCGUGGCCGGGAACGUCGAGGCAGGGGCGCCAGUCCUCGAGGGGGUGGCCCUCUCAUCCUGCUGGAUCUUAAUGAUGAGAGCAGCAACCAGAGUUUCCAUUCGGAAGGUUCCCUGCAAAAGGGCACAGAGCCCAGUCCUGGGGGCACCCCCCAGCCCAGCCGCCCCGUGUCACCUGCGGGACCCCCAGAAGGGGUCCCUGAGGAGGUUCAGCCCCCACGGCUGGGCCAAGAGAGAGAUCCUGGGGGCAUAACUGCAGGCAGCACCGAUGAACCCCCGAUGCUGACCAAGGAGGAGCCUGUUCCAGAACUGCUGGAGGCUGAGGAUUCACGAGUGAGAAUGACGAGGAGAGCCUUUCACGAAAAGGGGCUGAAGACAGAGCCCCUCAGGAGGCUCCUGCCCAGGAGGGGCCUCCGGACAAAUGCCCGGCCCACUUCCACCGCGGUGCCGGACACCAGAGCUCCCGGGGGAGGCAGCAAGUCCCCGAGGGCACCCAGGACGAUCCCGCAGGGUAAGGGGAGGUGAGUGGGCUCCCCAAGCAAGCCAAGGCCCCUAAAGCCUCCCUUGGUUGCCCCAAGAUCCAGCCACUACCUGUGCCCUAAGGGCGGAAAGAGCUGCCUAGCUCACCCACCGCGGUAACAUCGGGGCGAGCGGCCCUACACCUGCCCAAACCUAAGGCCACAGCACCAACUGGCUAGCCACCGGCACCCGAAUGCGUGGGAAGGGCUUGAGGCAGAACUCGGACCACACCCAGCGCCCGAGGCCGCCUUGCAAGAGGCCCAGCCGCCCGCGAGUACCAGGGAGGGGUACACCGGGCUGCCUCGUCCACCUCCUCACGCACCCGCACGGCCACCCGCCCAGCGGAUCCAGUGUGCCAUGCGAGGCGUCUUCCACCCCGGAAGAGGCGCCGAGUCCGCAGUCCCGCUGGUGCUGAGCCUCCGGGUCCACAGGGGUCAGAGAUGUGGCGGGAACAGGCCUCGCGCCUUCCACUGCACCGCGCGACGCCGACGUGGCACUCGGACGUCCACGCAUGCGUCGAAGCCUGCGCAAGCGCAGAGACCCCGGCGCGGUAGCCGCCUUGCCCUCCAGGCUUUAGGGACGCCGGCGCUGGGUGACCUCCUGCGCCCGAGGAUGUGCAUCAGGCGCUUCCACCAGGGGGCCAGUCUCACAGGCCAACCUGGGAGCCCACGUGGACCAGUGGCCUUUCAGCCCAGGCGCUCGCCUCUCGCUACGGAACCGUUUGGAGGCGCGGAGACCCGGUGACCUAAACUACCUGGAGAAUCCUUGCCCGAGAAGCAGCGCGAGUGAGCCUUUUGGGUGGUUCCCAGGCCCUUCACCAAGCUCUUCACUUCUUGACUUCACCCUUGGGUCUGUUGUACUACAAAAUAAUAACGCCUCCCAUUUAUUGAAGGCUUACUCUGUACCAGGCAUUGUGACUGAUGUCAUUUAGUCCCCACUGCAUCCCUGUGGCAUGGAUAUCCUCAUCCGCGUUUUGCAGAUGGAGAAAUUGAGUCUCUGAGAGGUUAAGGAACCUGCCCAAAGUCACACAGCCAGUAUGUGGCAGAACCAGAAUUCAGACGCAGGUCUGCCUGCCUGCUUGCCUGACCCCACAGCCACCACUGCUGUGCGGCUUCUCGUGCUGGAACACAGCGGGGUUAAGGCCAUGGGUUAACAGGGCCUCCAUUUAUGGAGAGCAUUCAUUUUUCUCUGGUGAAUUAUAGAAAAAGCUUUUUACACUGAAGUGAGCAGAUACUCCCUGGGAUGAAAGUUAACAGUUGCAUGAUUGAGAUGACGCAGAAAUUUCAUGCUUCAAGCCAAUGUUUUAGGCCCAGCCCAUGAAAUUCUGGAGUGACCUUUUCUCAGACAUCUCCAGGGUGACGUUGGAGAAGGAAGCUCCACUCCAGCACCAGCUCCUGUGUAGAGCCUUCCUGGAGGUCAACGAGGAUGACGUCUGUUCAUUUGCCAUCCCACUGGAUUGUCUGGGAAGUUCAUCCAGUUCCUCUGGGCUAAGAUUUCCAAGUUUCUAAAAAGGAUACUAAUCUUCAGAAAUUGGGAAUGAAAAAUUGGAACUUGGGGGAAUUCCUGAAAACGUUAUUUCAUAUUUUUCAUAAGUUCUGUAUUUUUAAUAAGAAAUACACAUUUAAUAGUAGUUACAAAGAAUUGUAGGCCAUAGCAAAUAUUCAAUAACUGGAAAAUGCCAAAGAACAUUAUUGGGUAGUAUUUAAAUAGCUAAAUGUUCAAAUAUUUGACAAGAUUAGCAACACUACACAGAAUGAUGAGUUGAAAUUGCCAGCUUAGGCUGAGUGUGGUGGCACAUGCCUGUAAUCCCAGCACUUUGGGAGGCCAAGGCAGGAAGAUCGCUUGAGUCCAGGAGUUUGAGGCUAUAGUGAGCUAUGAUUGCACCACUGCACUCCAGCCUAGGCACACAAGACUCUCCCUCUUAAAAAAAGAGGGAGAGAAAUUGCCAAUUUAAGGACUUAUUUGUUUCCAAAAUAUGUUAUUAGAACAUCAUUCAUAGGAUUUGUAUAAAAUACACUGCACAUAAACAUUAAUAUUUGUGAGAAUGACUCAGCGAAUAGAGCCACAAAUAUACUUUUUUUUUUUUGAGAUGGAGUUUUCGCUGUUAUUACCCAGACUGGAGUGCAGUGGCACGAUCUCGGCUCACGGCAACCUCCGCCUCCUGGGUUCAAGCAAUUCUCCUGCCUCAGCCUCCUGAGUAGCUGGGACUAGAGGCACGCACCACCAUGCCCAGCUAAUUUUUUUUGUAUUUUUAGUAGAGACGGGGUUUCACCUUGUUGACCAGGAUGGUCUCAGUCUCUUGACCUCGUGAUCCACCCGCCUCAGCCUCCCAAAGUGCUGGGAUUAUAGGCGUGAGCCAUGGCCCCGGCCCCAAAUAUACUUUUAGUGUGUCAACAGCUACAGAAAGGAUUGUGACUACUUAUCUCCUGUGUACUCUUGUCCCAUAUUCUGGAAAUGUCUACCUUAACUUUAUUAUUAUUAUUUUUUUGAGACCGUGUUGCUCCAUCUCCCAGGCUGGAGUGCAGUGGCGCGAUCUCGGCUCACUGCAACCUCUGCCUCCCAGAUUCAAGCAAUUCUCCUGCCUCAGCCUCCCGAGUAGUUGGGAUUACAGGCACGUGCCACCACAGUCACGAAAUUUUGUGUGUUUUCUAGAGAGUUUUGCCAUAUUGGCCAGGCUGGUCUCAAACUCCUGACCUCAAAUGAUCCAACCACCUCAGCCUCCCAAAGUGCUGGGAUUAUAGUACCUUAACUUAGACUCCGUUUGUCAAUGUGGCCUUCUCUUGCUUUCAACUUAACAUCAGUGGAUUUCUUUAAACCAGGGAUGCUGGCUGGGCACGGUGGCUCACACCUGUUAUCCCAGCAGUUUGGGAGGCCGAGGCAGGCAGAUCACCUGAGGUCAGGAGUUCAAGAUCAGCCUGGCCAACAUGGUUAAACCCUGUUUCUACUAAAAAUGCAAAAAUUAGCUCGGCGUGGUGGGGAAGCCUGUAAUCCCAGCUACUCCGGAGGCUGAAGUAGAAUUACUUGAACCCAGGAGACAGAGGUUGUAGUGAGCUGAGAUUUUGCUACUGCACUCUAGCCUGGGCAACAGAGUGAGACUCUGUCUCAAAAACCAAACCAAAACAAAACAAAAAACCAGAAAUGCCUCUACGUUGAUUACGAAGCAUUCAUUCUCACAGGAGAAUUAUAAUGCUUUUCCCUGCUUUUCCAAUUUCUUGAUGAUUGUUUUUGGGAUUCAGAAAAACAUACACAUUUCCUGAUGAAUGCACAGGAGGGAUUUCCUACAUAGAAAUACUACUUUGGGUCUGGGUGCAGUGGCUCAUGCCUAUAAUCCCAGCACGUUGGGAAGCCAAGGCAGUCGGGUCACUUGAGUUCAGGAGUUCGGGACCAGUCUCGCCAACAAGGUAAAACCCUAUCUCUACUAAAAAUACAAAAAAAAAUUUUUUGCCAGGCAUGGUGGCACACACCUGUAGUCCCAGCUACUCAGGAGGCUGAGACAGGAGAAUCGCUUAAACCUAGGGCAUGGAAGUUGCAGUGAGCAGAGAUUGCGCCACUUAACUCCAACCUGGAUGACAGAGUGAGACUCCAUCUCAAAAAAGAAAAAGGAACACUACUCUGGGCUGAGCAACGUUGUCAAGUCAAGUCUGCUGAAAUUUUACCUAGAACAUCGAAUCUUGCCUUUUUGGUUUCAGGGGCCUCCGAGCCAGAGAAUCUAAGUAUGGAUCCUAGCUCUACCAGUUCCUGGUGGCGAGACCUUGGGCAAGUCACUUUACCUCUCUGAGCUUCUAUUUAAUGGGUAGAAUAAUGUCUGGGGAGUAAAUGCUUGCUUUGUGAGGCAAUAUUGUAGGACAGUUAACAGUGUGGCUCUGGAGUCAGACAGUCUGAGGUUUGAAUUCUGGUUCCAUUUUAUUUACUACCUCUUUGAUUUGAGGCAAGUUACAAACCGCUCCAUUUUUCUCUUCUGUAAAGUGGAGGCACUGGUUGAUGACUGUGGCAGACAUCAUGUUCAUAGAGUUUUCAUGAGUUUUGACAGGAUCACAUAUGAAAAUGCUUCACACAGAGCAUGGUACAUUGUAAGUGCUUGAUCAAUGCAAACCACUAUAGCUGUUACCUGCUGUAUCUACCUCACCGGGCAGUCGUGAGGAUGAAAGGGAGGCUGUGUUGGGAAGUGCUUUCUAAGCUGUGAAAUGUUACCACACACUUCUCUUGCCUUCAGAGAUGGGAUGGUCAGAAGCUAUGGGCAGACAUGGUAUCCCCAAGUAAGGGGCCUGAGAAUACUUACCUAUAUCCACAGAAGGUAGCCAUGUUGAGGUGAGUGUCACCAUGGGGAGCUGGAAAACAGGGUGCAAAAUGCUCUUAGCUGAGGGUUAAUUGCAGUCAUGUGGGCACUCUGGCAUAGUAUGACUGGGGCACCCUUGGGGACAGGGAUAAAACUGAUUUUCAGAAGGAGGCUUUGGAGGAAGGAUCAUGUUAAAUGGAACCUGCCCACUAUAUGUUUUUAUGUUUAGUUGGGGAUGGUAUCAGAGGAAGGGGCAUGUAAUAGAAGGUGGUUGCAGGGCUCUUUAACCUCUGUCUGAAACUGCUAUUGGUGAAAGGCUGAACUUAGGACACAUUCCUGUGACCGGGAACCAGUGCACCCUCUCCCGCUGUGCAUGCACCACGAUGUCAUUCAUUACCUGGACCUUAGACCAAACAUGGCUCAAAGGGCCUUCCAGAGAGGAUCACAUGUCAUCCUGACAGCAGCCCGCUCAGUGACGCACAGAUGAGGGCUUGGAGUCUGGGAAAGUCAAGUCUACUACACAAGAUCAUACAACUGAUAUUAAUAUAUUAUGAAGUCAGGAUUCAGACACAGUCCAAGUUUUUUAUUUGUUUUUUUCAAGCCAGAGUCUCACUCUGUCACUCAGGCUGGAGUGCUGUGGGACAAUCUUGACUCACUGCAACCUCUGUCUCCCAGUUUCAAGCAAUUCUCAUCCCUCAGCCUCCUGAGUAGCUGGGAUUACAGAUGUGUGGCGCCACGCCUGGCUAGUUUAGUCCAAGCUCAACCCCACCAGCCUGCCGCAUCCACCAGGUGCCAGAGUGCUGAUUUUGAACAAGGAAGAAGAAAAUCCAAAUGUAUGAGGCUUUAGUGCCUAAAUGUCCUCCUUUCUAGCUUUUGGUAACUAUUCUUCUAUCUCUGAAUAUCACUCCUACUUCUCUGGACACUGCUUCUUUGCUUCCAGGGCUGUUUUUCUUAGCCCUAAGUCAGCCUUCUUUGGGCCCUGUCCUUGGACUCUUUCUUCUGCAUGGGUCUGUGGAAGAUCUCCUUUAUGCACGCAGCUCCAGCUGUUGGUCCUCUCAUUCUAAUCCAGACUGCCCUUCUGAGUGCCAGCCUGAGCAGCCAGCUGCCUCCUUGACACCCUCUCUGGGGCUCAUUCAUGAUCUCUCCCCUAACAUGGCUCGCCUCCUGAGUGCCACCUCCUCCUUGCCAUGGCCUCUUAGUUACAAAUUUCGGCAUAGUGGUGGGGAAUCUAGAAAGCCUUCAAAGAUGAAGCCUCUUAAAUGAGUUCUCAGGGCUAGAGAUAACCACAGAGUGUGUUCUCUGAGAGCUGCCAACAGUCUGGGGGUGAACUUGGAGAGUAGAAUUCACUGUUUAAUCUGUCAGCUGGAUACAGAAUGCCCAGCUGCAUGCCAGGUCCAGGUGCUGGGGUGGAAAGAUGCAUUCAUGAGUAGAACAGACAGGAGGGCUGGCUUCAGGAAGCAUCCAAGCUGUUGGAAAAGACAGAUGUUGUGCAAUCCCCCCAAAAUAUACUCUUGCAAACUGUGAUAAGUGCCAUGAAGGAAAAGUUCUUGGUGCCAUAAAAGAAUAUUGUAGAUGUAAAUUAGGUUAAGGUGGUCAAAGAAGGCAUUGUGAGAAAGUGACAAUUACUAUCUCCCUGAGACCUGAGCUGGGGGAGGAGAAUUCGAUAGACAGGCAAGAAUAGGCACAAAAGGCCCAGGGUGGGAAAGAGCUUGGUAUGUUGGGGAAACUGAAAGGCAAUCAGUAUAGUGAGAGCUGAGCAUGCAGGCAGAUGGGCUGAGAUAAGGCUGGGUGGCAUGGGCAGGGGUGGUGGCAGAGCCUUGUGGGCCACAGUAAGGAGCCUGGAGGUUUGGGGGUUAACUUUUUUUUUUUGAAACAUGGUCUUACUCUGUCCCAAGGCUAGAGUGCAGUGGCGUGAUCUUGGCUCAUUGCAACUGCCACCUCCUGGGUCAAGUGAUUCUCCCACCUCAGCCUCUUGAGUAGCUGGGAUUACAGGUGCCGACCACACCUGGCUAAUUUUUGCAUUUUUAGUAGAGACAAGGUUUCAUCAUGUGGACCAGGCUGGUCUUGAACUCCUGACCUCAAGUGAUCAACCCUUCUCAGUCUCCCAAAGUGCUUACAAAUCCCUAAAUAGAUUACAGGCAUGAGCCACUAUGCCCUGCCUGAUUUAACUUUGUUUUUUAAUUGCAUUUUAGGAUUUGGGGUACAUGUGAAGAACAUGAAAGAUUGUUGCAUAGGUACACACAUGGCAGUGUAAUGUGCUAUCUUCCUCCCCAUCACCUAUAGCUGACAUUUCUCCCCAUGCUAUCUCUCCCUAACUCCCCACCCCUCACUGUCCUUCCCCUACAGACCCCAAUGUAUGAUGCUCCCCUCCCUGUGUCCAUGUGUUCUCAUUGUUCAACACCCACCUAUGAAUGAGAACAUGCGGUGUUUGAUUUUCCGGUUUAACUUUUUAUUAGGAAAUAAUUUCAAAGUUACAGAAAAGUCUCAAGAAUAGUACAACGGACAUCUGUAUAGCCUUUGUCCCAGAUUCACCUGGUGUUCACAUUUUACCCCGUUUCUCUGCCUCUCUUUCUAUUUAAGGUACGAGCAGAUGACCUGGACUCUGUUCUAGUUGAGAAUAAGUUGCAGCCCUCAUGUUCCUCUAUCCCUAAAUAGUGUGUGUUUCCUCCCACAGUGCAGUUAUCCACGCAUUAAAUUUCACGCUGAUGCGGUGUGGUAUCUAAUUCACCUCCUAUCUUGUCACUUAUCUCAGUAAUGCCCUUUAGAAGGCAUUUCCCCUGUAGCACAGGAGCCAGUCUAGGAAUGAUAUAUUGCAUUCAGUUGUUGUUUCUCUCUAUUAUCCCUUCAUCUCGAAUGGUUGGCCUUUCUUUGUCUUGUAUGGUGUUGCUAUUAUGGAAGAAUUAAAUCUUCCCCUUUAUUUUAAUAGAACAUUCUUCAUUUGGGGUUUGUCUGCUGUUUCUUCAUUACAAUAUAUGGUUUAUGUAUUCCUGGCCGGAAGACUGUGUAACUGAUACCGUGUCCUUCUCAGCAUAACAGCUAAAGCUACACAUCUGUCUGUUCUUCCUUGGUAAUUUUUCUUUUUUGAGACGGAGUCUUGCUCUGUCACCCAGAGUGCAGUAGUGCACUCUCAGCUCACUGCAAGGUUGACCUCCCAGGAUCAAGCUCCUUGCCUCAGUCUCCUGAGUAGCUGGGAUUACAGGUGCCACCACCACCAUGCCUGGUUAAUUUUUGUAUUUUUUAGUAGAGACAGGGUUUCGCCAUAUUGGCCAGGCUGGCCUUGAACUCCUGACCUCAGGUGAUCUGCCUGCCUCGGCCUCCCAAAGUGCUGGGAUUACAGGUGUGAGCCACUGUGCCUGGGCCCUCUUUGAUGAUUUUAAUUUUGAUCAACAAGUCAAGGUUAUCUGAUUUCUCCAACCUAGAGUUUACUAUUUUUCCUUGUAACAAGUAAUCUGUGAGGAGGUAUUUUAUAACCGUGACUAUAUCCUAUUUCACAUCAAAAGUUAAAUAGAUGAGUUCUUUUAUUUUGAGACAGAGUCUCACUCUGUUGCUCAGGCUCGAGUCCAGUGGUGCAAUCUCGGCUCAUUACAACCUCCACCUCCUGGGUUCAAACAAUUCUCCUGCUUCAGCCUCUUGAGUAGCUGAGACUAUAGGCGCAUGAUUUUUUUGUAUUUUUAAUAGAGACAGGGUUUCACCGUGUUAGCCAGGAUGGUCUGGAUCUCCCAACCUUGUGAUCCACUCGUGUCAGCCUCCCAAAGUGCUGGGAUUAGAGGUGUGAGCCACCACACCCGGCCAAUAGAUGAGAUGUAAUACCUAUUGAUGAUUCUUGCCUGAGUAAGAAUCAUGAUGGUUACAGAAUGUAACUCAACCCCAGGACGCUCUCCACAUUUAUUAGUCAACAAUUGGCAUUCUUCUGCCUACUUAUAGAUUCACUAUUCGUAGGAACUCUUAGAUUUCUAUUAUUUUCCAAUAAGUUUUAUAAUUCGUUAUUAACCUUAAUUAUUUUGGUGCUCAGAUGAUCCCAGAUUUGGCCUCUGGAAGCUCCUUAAAACUAGAAGCCUGGAAUUCAUUCCAACUUCAGUGGAGUGACAUGAUUCGCUUUACAGAUAAGAUUCGCUUUACAGAGCCAGGCCGGGCGUGGUGGCUCACGCCUGUAAUCCCAGCACUUUGGGAGGCCGAGGCGGGUGGAUCACGAGGUCAAGAGAUCGAGACCAUCCUGGUCAACAUGGUGAAACCCUGUCUCUACUAAAAAUACAAAAAAUUAGCUGGGCAUGGUGGCAUGUGCCUGUAAUCCCAGCUACUCAGGAGGCUGAGGCAGGAGAAUUGCCUGAACCCAGGAGGCGGAGGUUGCGGUGAGUCAAGAUCGCGCCAUUGCACUCCAGCCUGGGUAAGAAGAGCGAAACUCCAUCUCAAAAAAAAAAAAAAAAAAAAAUCACCCUGACUGCUGUGUGAGAAUGUACUUAGAGGGGCACAGAUGAGGAAGCAGGGAGACCCUUGUGUAGUCCAGGUGGAAGAUGUGGCUUAGAUUAGGGUUGUGACAUACAGGGGGAGGGAAUGGAUGGAUGUAAGAGAAACACUGGAAGCCAGGUGCAGUGGCUCAUGCCUAUAAUCCCAGCACUUUGGGAGGCCAAGGAAGGAAGGAGGAUUGCCUUGAGACCAGGAUUUUGAGACCAGCCUGGACAACAUAGCAACACCCUAUCUCUGAAAAAAAAAAAAAAAAAAGUAAGAAUUAGCCAGGCAUGGUUCUGUGCACCUGUAGUCCUAGCUACUUGGGAGGCUGAGGUGGGAGGAUCUCUUGAGCCCAGGAAUUUGAGGCUCCAGUGAGCCAUGAUUGUGCCACUGCACUCCAGCCUGGGUAACAGAGUGAGACCCUGUCUCUAAAAGAAAAGAGAAACAUUGGAGGUAGAAUCAGCAGGACUUAGUGGUGGAUUGAAUGCACAUAGAGGGCAGAGUUGAGAGCCACCAGAGCAGCCAGGGGAGAGGUGGAGAAAUUGAGUGAUAUGAGGAAGACAAGCCAAGUGAGGGUUGGGUGGGGUGGCUGUGUUAGAUGUGUCGAGUUCGAAGGGUCUGGAACAUCUGGUGUUCUCUGGCACCCAAGUGAAGAGUCAGCGAAACAACUGGACUUUGGAGCUGACACAGAAGUCCAGACCAGGGGUCAACUUAAGGCCAUGAAUCCAUGAUCUUGGAUGAAAUGUUGUAAGGGGAGAAUAUGAACUGAGAUGGGACUCCUGAGGGAGUGCACUGUUUGGGGGUGCAGCGGUGUAUGGCCAGAAUUUGCAAUGGAGGUGAGGGCCAGGGCACGUGGCACCUGGAGUGUCAGGCCGAACACUGAGCGCUGGGGAGCCCACUGAAGAGUGCUGAGCAGGGCAGUGAGGGACAGGUGUGACUGGCAUUCAGGAAGACUGUUUUGACAGCCAAGUACAGACCAUCUGGGGGGCUGUGGCAGUGGCUGAUGAUCCUUUCUAAACUAAAUCUGCUCAUCUCUUGCCCCGGGAGGUGGCUCAGUUGGGUCGCCAUGCCUGAAAUGCUCUCUCCUUGUUCAUCUGGGAGCAUAGACGAUGAUUAAAAUGGCUGUCUCAACUGCACUUACCAGCGCCUGGUGAUGUGACAGCAAACCUGUGUCUCCCUGCCUCACUGCGGCUGGAGCCACACAACCUGCUUCAGGUACCUUUUCCCAGCCAGUUGUAAUACAGCAGGUGUGGGUGUGUACAGGCUGGUCCUGAGGCUUGCUGGAGUUUGUUUGGGGACCAUGAUCCUCUGCCCUGGCAUGCUUUUAGUUCAGCGUGGUCUCUGUCAUUCAGGCCACCACUCAUUCAGACGUUUAUGUUGUCCCCUCCCACCCCACAUGGACCAUGGAGGGUGGGUUCAAGUCUGAAUGAACAUCCUGGGGUUCAUUCUGCGUAGUUAGUCCUCUUAUUGUUGGACUAACUAAUUCCAGGUCUCAGGAUGUGGGCUUUGGGCCUGUGGCUGGGCAAUGGGGCCAGAUGCAACUCAGGAAUCAGUGCUCAAGCCCCUCCACUCAUUCUGCCACUCAGCAAACAUACAUUAAGAACUCAAUGCCUACCAGGCUCUGUGCAUCCAAUGACUAUCAGGACAUGGCUCCUGCCUUGUCAAGUCUACUAGUGAGUCAUAAGUGAAAAGAAUUAGUUAUAGAGUAACCUGUAGAGUACCACAAUCGAGGCACAGGACAUUCAAGAUGUGAUGACAUAGACACAGCUUCAUCCCUGAGAGCAGGAGAGGACACCAGGCAGAGCUUGAGGACUGAGAGGGACAGGUCUGUCGACACCAAGGGACCAAGCCCACGGGGAUGCCACCAACCGUGUCUCUGUCCACAGGCAGGAAGCUCAUCCCACUGCCUCUGGGUGUUUGUUUUUUUCUGUUUUCUAUUUCAAAUAUUCCCUUUCUCCCAUUUGGGGGGGACUGUUUUUAUACUACUUCCCAAAAUCUCAAUUUGCAUGCUUAAUUUUAUUAUUUUAUCUUUUUGACACUAAAAGCAUUUAAUGCUGUUUUUACCUCUGCAUAUAGCUUUGACUGUUAAUCCUUUUUUAUUUUCUAAAUAGUCUGUUUUUUAAAUUUUUUAAAUUCUUGAUUUACAUCUUGUCCUAAGGAUAAUUUGAGAUGCUACUUAUGUCUCAAAAUUUCUAAGUGGUGUGUUUUAUAUUAUUGUUAGUUUCAUUGUAUUUUGAUCCGAGAAUGGUUUCUAGAAUUUCUACUUUUCACAAUUUACCAAAAUAUUCUUUGUAGCUUAAUAUUUAUUGAAUUUUGUCCACUGUCCAUGAAACUUGAAAAGAAGGUGUACUGUUUGUUUUCAGGGUAAGAAAUUUAUAUGUUCAUAUCCUCUAUCUCUUAUUUAUUUUUUGAUUACUAGUUCAGAAAAUGUGUUAGAAUAUUUCCAAUAAAAUGGUUUUUCAUGUUU